UCCCCUUCAUGCUUUCUUUCUCAACAGGAAACAGCGUAACCUGCUGAGUUUUCAGGAACAAUUUGGAACGUAUCUUAUGCUUUUAAAUAUUAUUCCUGCAAAGUGCUAGAGUUGUGGAAUGGAACAAUGAAGGUCGCGUCAUUCCUGGUGGCUGCCUAUGUGUCAGUACCGCUCAUCGUUUACCUGUGCCCUUGGACCCUUGCAUACGCCAUCUUUGCACACCUGUUAAGGAUUCCAUAUUUGGUGGAUCUCAACCAUCCCGAAUACGUGCUGAACCACACGUGCAACUUCUACCUGGACCCAGAGGAGGGUGUCCGCGUGGGGAUAUGGCACACGCUCCCUGCCAGCCAAUGGGACAAGGCGUCUGGGAGGGGCCCUGAGUGGUACCGCAAGACCCUGGGAGAUGGAAGUCCUAUUAUCAUCUAUCUCCAUGGCAACGUAGGCACAAGAGCCAUAGAUCAUAGGGUGCAACUGGUGAAGAUUUUAAGCGCUGCGGGGUUCCACGUCCUGUCUUUGGACUACAGAGGCUUUGGCGACUCGACGGGGCAGCCCAGUGAACGCGGGGUGACCACAGACGCCCUCCACCUGUACACGUGGGUGAAGCAGCACAGCGGGGGGUCCCCGGUGUAUUUGUGGGGGCACUCCCUCGGUUCCGGGGUUGCGAGCAACACUGCUGUAAAGGUGCAAGAGCAAGGGUCCAUGGUGGACGCCUUAAUUCUCGAGGCGCCGUUCACAAAUAUCGGCGACGUCGUGAUCAUAUUCCCUCUAGCUAAGCUUUACACUUUCCUUCCGGGCUUCAAACUCUUCCUGUGGAACACUUUGGACCAGAACCAGCUGCUGUUUCCUAAUGAAGAAAAUUUAAAGGUGCUAACCUGUCCGUUGCUCAUAUUGCACGCGGAGGACGAUGACGUGGUUCCGUAUCACAUGGGUCAGAAGCUCUACCAGAUUUCAUCGCGCACGCAGCGCAGUCAAAAAGUUCCCCUGGAAAUGAUCUCCUACCCGGCGAGUCGCAGAUUCUCCCACAAUAACAUCUACUUGGAUCCCGGCCUGCCCAAGUCAUUUGGCAAUUUUCUGCAGAAGCUGCAAGGGUAGCAGGACUGUUGCACGUCAGCGCAAGGAAUGUACACCUGCACCUCCUCAUUCAUUUUCUUUCCAUCAAAACGUAGUCAUACUUUCCUGAAAUUUCGGAAGAAUAACACACACGCUCAAAUAAUGGUGUCAAAAUCAAACGUAAGGUG